CACUUCCGGGAGUAUCAAUACGCAAAGGAAAGCUAGUACUCGUAUUAAAGUCAUCCCAAACAUAUAUACAAAUAAAUUCAUAUUAUACAAAAUAAUUAAGUACAUUCAAAAAUGGGGAACAUAGAGUCUCUCUGAUUGGUGAUAAGUUAUAUGUAAUAGAACACGCUAUAUAGCGCAUUGAUUGGGUCCGGCUAUAUGUGAGUUAUAAGGCGCUUGUUACUGCUGGACAAAAGACAGGAAAAACAAGAAUUCUGUUGUGUUUGUGAAAUCUCUGAAGAAUAGAAGCCUUGCUCAUCAUUAAAGGAAGUCAUAAUGUGAUCAUUUCGGGCUGGGACUGAUCAUUAGACUUAGUGGUAACAUAAGAUGUCUGGAACUGACAAUGAAGUUUUUUUCAAAAUAGAUAUAGAUGGGGCAACCUUAUCAUCCUUCUUAUGACUUGCUACUUCUAGAUUCAGUCUUUCUUCCUUUUCGUUCCCAUAUUAAGUUCUUGGUCUUGAGAACAGAUCAAGUAUUAUUAAGUAUAUAUACUCACUGUCCUUAUUACUUAUGAUUAGAUCAACAUCUAAUCAUUUCGAUAAGGACUCUUUAGUUCCUAAAAUAUCCUAAAUGACUACACCGAAAAAGGAAUUCGAGAAGCAAGACGAAUCAACACGAAGGAAGUCCGCCAGUUCUCGCGGUAUGCAUAACGGUCAGCGACAAGCAUCAUCCAGUAACACUGGAGUGUUGAUGGUGGGUCCCAACUUUAGAGUUGGCAAAAAGAUAGGUUGUGGCAAUUUCGGAGAAUUACGAGUAGGUAAGGACAACCAGAUAUCGUCAUUUGAGAUAGACCUAUUAUUGCAAAUUAUUUAUAGGUAUAUGUUUGAUUUUAGUCCCUUUAGAGUGCGGGUACUUUUUGACUUAGUGUUUCUUCUAUUUUUGGCCUUUUACCUCGUAAUUUAACUAUGCUUCUGCUUGAAAUUUUUUUUUUUCCUGCACUUUAAGUUUAUUAACAAAGUAAACCAAAUUCUGUCGCAGAGUGAUUAUCACUUAACAAGUUUGUACAAGUGCAAAAUCGCAUUAUCGCAGUCUGCUAACUGGUAUUAAAUAUAGGUCAAGUGCUGGUACUAAACCAUAUCAAAAUGAGUUACUCUGACCAUUCUAAAAAUAGAUUUUAACUGCUGCUACGAUCUUAAACAAUAUGAAAUUUCAUUAUAUUAUUCAAUGUAGGUACUUUGAUACUCUGUAAGCACAGCCAAUCAAGGUAGUCCAAGAAUAAGGACAAAACUUAUAACCCAGUUUUGCACACGUCUACAGUGACUUCAGUUAAUUAAUAUUUUUGUUUCUCUAUUGUUCUCUAUUCUAACUGUAUCGAUGUGCCCACCGUAAAUUAUAAAAAAAUUAAUAUGACCAGAUCAUAAGCUUAUAAAACCCCCCCCCCCACAGACACACAUUUUCCUGCUAACACAUUUUCCUGCAAUAUUUCCUUUAAAAUGUGCUUUUGAAUGAGAAAAACCAAAACUUGUCCAGCUUGUUGAGUUAUUACUGGAGGCGCCAUGGUAGUUAGCAAUGAAAUAAUAAUUGCCAGAUUAUGAUUUAUGUUUUCUGUUGUUAAUUUUAAAUGAAUGAAUAGUUCUUUUUUUUUUCACUUAUUGAUUUUCUGCUGUCCUAAAUACUGAUACCUAGUCGAAAAAAAUCCUGCAAAUAUUGGGGUGGGGUGGGGGGGCGUGUGGAGAGAUGAUGUCCCCCCACCCAAAUGACGCCCUUGGUGCAAAUCCAAAGCCAUUAUUUGGCAGACAUGCAUUCUGUAUUGUGUAUAUUGCAAAUAGAUAAGAGUUGUGAUUUCUGUGUAGCUUCUCAUUUACUAAUACAGUGGAACCUCUCAUAGCGAGCAUCUCUCAUAACGAGUAAUUGGCAUAACUAGCAAAAAAAAAUGUGAAGAAGUUGCUCCCUUAAUGAGCGACAUUUCGCAUAACGAGUUACGCAGAAAGGGGAAGUCCCUUUUUCCCUCACUUCUUCUUGGAAAAAUCUUUGGCCAGAGAGUGUUGUUGAAUGUGAUUGUGAAACAGUAAAUGUGAAUUCUACAGUUAAAGAGAUUGUGUCAUUGGCCAAUAUCAUGGGACUCUAGGUGGAAAACAACGAUAUUGAAGAGCUUGUGAAAGAGCACAGUCAAGAGUUGACCACCAAAGAGCUUAUGGAGUUACAUCGAGUUUCACAGCAAGAAAUUAUGGAGGACAGCUCAUUAAUGGAGUAGGAAGUAGCAGAGUAACAAUCUUCUAGCGCAAAAAGAGAAAUGCUGAAAGCAUGGGAAACGGUUGCAUCGUACAUUGAGAAGCAUCACCCUAAUAAGGAGGUGGCUAUUCGUGCUACAAAUUUAUUCAAUGAUAAUGCUGUGACACAUUUUCGUCAUUCUUGAAGCGUCUGCAAAAACAAAUGUCUUUAGACAGUUUUCUAGUUAAAAAGGAUUAAUUAUUUGUCAUAAAUUCAUAUUUUAUUUACGUUUUUUGUUUCAAAUCUAAAUUUUAUUCCAAGUUGUUACACUCCUUAACAAUUCAUAAGUAAUUUUAUUUGAAUAAAUGUUAAUACAAAUUUUUGAAAAAUUAGUAUUUUUUUCAGCAUGGAACGCAUUAUCGUAUUUUACAUUGAUUUGUAUGGGAAAAAUUGUUUCGUUUAUGAGUGUUUCGCUUAACGAGUAAGAGUCUGGAACGAAUUAAACUUGUUAUGAGAGGUUCCACUGUAUUUUUAAAGUUUUACUGUUUGAAAUUGGAUUCAUAAAGACUACUUUUGUUUGCGAAAUAUGUUUUAAUGUUUCCCUUGGCAAUGCCACUAGCUAUUAGCUUUCAAUAAUUUUUAUGGCAUCAGCUUUGUAUUUUAUCUGGGAGAGCUGGCGGGACCAGAGUUGUUAAUUUAUCCCCACCAUUAUUGUGGUUUGAGGUUCAUUUCAUAGAACUUUUUUCUCUUGCGUCAUUUCUACAUGAUCAACUGAUUCAGUCCUUUAGUUACAUUAUAAAUUCAUCAGAUUUAGUUUCUUGGGAUAAUAAUUUUGAAUAUGCACUUAGAGACAGACCAAAUUUCGGUUUUGGCACCGAAAGUUGUAAUUUGAUCAUUUUCGGUAUAGUUUUGGUUUCUGUCGAAACAGAAAAGUUAACUUUUAGUUGAUUUUCGGUUUCUGUUAUCUACAUGAAGUCAGACUGUCACUCUUUCUGUCUGUAGGCAAUCCGAUAUUCAUUAUUGCUUAAUGUAUGGUCGCCAUGGUAAUGAUAUAUGACUUAACCUCUUGAAAACACUGCUUACAGCUGCAUGGUGACCUAUUUGUCCAAUAUUUCCAAAAAUAAAAUUACUUUAGGCUUAGGAAAAGGUAUAUAGCUUUGUAAGGGUAUGAUAAUAUUUAUAUUAUUAUUUUGUUUUAAUUUUUUUAAAUAUAAAAUUUUUAAACCCUAUUUUACAUUAUUGGACUAGUAAUAGUAGGUGGAAGCAAGCUCAAAUUAAAUUUUUGGGAUAGUAUUGAUUUCGGUAUUCUAAAAUUAUAUUUUAAAAUUUACUUCGUUUUAUUCAAAUAUUUAAAGAUUACAAAAUUUUAAAACUCUCUUAUUGAUUGCUAUCAAGAGCCAAUUAGGUUCUCAGUGAAGAUUUAAAAAAUUGCUAAUUUUGGGGGGGAGGGGGGGGGGUAGUGUGUGUCCGCAAUGACAACAUGAAAGGGGUAGCAUUCAAGGGAAAAUUGUUAAUUGACCAUUUCACAGUUAUUUCUGAUCCAAUUUGAGUGGUGAACAGGAACUUUUUGGUUCCAUUGUGUUAGGUUGGCUUAAAAAAAAAGUAUUUAGGAUGUUUAUAGCUUACCCAAUGGUCAAAGUGACACAGCGAAAACCGGAGGUUCACCUCAUUGUGUAAAUUGUAUGAGCAUCACCAUAUGUCAUGACAAAUAUUUUAUGCAACGGAUGACAAAAUUAAUUUAUUGUUAGCAAACUGUGAUUGUUUAAUAGCCACAAAAGUAUUUCUGUCAUUUUUCGCUGUUUGCAGAAAGUGUGCCCCAACAAGUUUCAAAAUACCGAGUUAUAUAUGUUUCAGUGUUGGCAGAAAGUCUUGUUGAGCUUUUGGUUUUGGCGAAGAGUCAUUUUUAGGUGUUGGUUUGGGUUUGGUUCUGCCGAAAACAGAAAAUCCUAUUCGGUCUAUCUCUAUUAUGCACUGAUAUUUUGUGAUGUUGAAUAAUUAUGUCAUGUUAAUUGUUAAGUAACAUAUUUUAGGAUAAAAUUCGUAAACACUUUCCAUGUGAGGGAAUGAACCAAGACAAUUUCCAAUUCCAAGAGCACUUUAAUGUUAAAUUAAUUUAAAGAAAUUAUAAGUUCAACCAUCAUUGGUAGAUUUAAUUCCCCUUUUAGAUUGAUAUUUAUGUUCAAAAGUUAUAAAAUAUAUUUUAAAUAAAGUUCUUUAUAUCCUCUUAAUUUACUAAUGACUAAUGUUCCUUCAUGUGAUUAAAACAUAAUGAUCUGUAUGGAAAAACAAAAAACAAAACCCCAAUUAAGAAAAAAAAUCAAAAUUUUGUAGACUCCGGCAGACCUAAUUAAAAUCAAAUUGUAAAUAUAAGAAAGUGAUAAAUAUUGUGAAUAGAUCUGCUUUAGAAAAAGAAAAUAGUAUGCUAAGUAAUUUGUCCAUCAGCUACUAAUGUGGUAUCUAAAAAUUAUUCAAUUUUAAAUUCUUGCAAAGACAUACACCAUUGUGUCGUAAUUCAGGUACAAUAGUGUAGUGUUUAUGUUGUUUCCGGUACCUUAUAUGUUAAUGGUCAUGUUCCAAAUUGUAGCUAAACUCUUUGUUUUUAUUUCACUGGUAUCUUUGGUUUAAAUUUGUUACGCCUAUAGAACCUCUUUGUAUAAAUUUAAAUGACUUUGUAUGAAAAGUUAACUUCUGUUACAUUUAAAUAAAGAGAAGGAUUAUUUACAAUUCCAUGCAGGAAAAUUCUUACGAAUUUCAUAAAAAAUUUAAUGUGACAUUUCUGAACUUAUUCUGCAAAAAAAACUUUCUUAAAAUGUAAUGUGAAUGUGUUCAUGGGAUUUUCAAAGAAAAUUUCAGUUCUCCUUUGAGAUUUUAAAGAUGUUUUACAAGUUGCUAGUGUAAUUCAUAUGUUAAAAAUACAUAGGCUGCAUAAAGAUGGUAAUGUUAAUGAAAUAUAUUAUAUAUUAUUAUAUAUUUGAUUGGAAUUAAAUCUUGUUUAACCUACUUUGCAUUUUAUUUCAGGCAAAAAUCUCUACAACAAUGAACAUGUUGCCAUUAAGUUGGUAAGUGUUUUUUUUUUCUUUCUAUAUUACUUAUUUACUCUGAAAAGUGUUUAAUUCAUUUUUUCAAUAUCAAUGUUUUUGAAAAAAUAGUUUAAAUUAAACAAACAUUAAAUGUGCUAUUCUUUCACUAAUCUAUUUAAAUAUGUCAAGUAAAGCUAGCAAAUGAUGUCUAUUUAUUGUAUUUAAACACAUUAUCAUAUCUUAUAUCAAUUAAAUAAGUAUAAUAUAAAGUUUUUAAUUAUAUUUAUUUGAUUAACUAAACUAAAUAAUAUAAGGAUGAAGAUCUAAAGCUAUAGGUAUUUUAAACUGUAUUAUCUUUUCCAUUUUAGGAGCCUAUGAAAUCACGAGCUCCACAAUUACACUUGGAAUAUCGGUUUUACAAGCAGCUUGGACAAUCAGGUUAGGUCUUUUAUUUUUUCAAAAUUUUAUUUUAAAUAAUGUAAUGCAAGAAUAGGUACAUUAUAUUCAUAAAUAUAAAAUAUGCUAUCAAAGUUAAAGAGACAAAUAUAUAUUUAUGAACAUUCUCAUUUGAAAUUGAUUCUCUUAUUAAUGAUAUUGGUUUCCAUUUAACAUACUGAUACUAAAAAUGACUUAGAGGGUCCAAAUGUUAUUAUUGUAUCUUUAAAGAUGUUACCGGUAUGUUAUUGUGCUUUUUUAAACUACAAAAAGAUAUUCUGUUAUUUACUAUCAGUAUUUAGUUUCAUUUGUUAAUUUAAUUUUUUUUUUACAUGGUUAUGCAACUUGAGUUCAGGUCCGAAUUUCUUUUCUUUUUUUUUUUUUAAAUUGUACAUUUACUUCAUAGGUUAAUAAUGUCUGCACAGUUUUCAUAGAAAUCCAUACUACAAAAAGAUAUUCUGUUAUUUACUAUCAGUAUUUAGUUUCAUUUGUUAAUUUAAUUUUUUUUUUUACAUGGUUAUGCAACUUGAGUUCAGGUCCGAAUUUCUUUUCUUUUUUUUUUUUUAAAUUGUACAUUUACUUCAUAGGUGAAUAAUGUCUGCACAGUUUUCAUAGAAAUCCAUACUAAAAAAUCCGGAAGCCAACCAUGAACACUUAAAAAUGAUAUGCAGUUUUGUUUGUUAAAAUCAUUAAAAAAAAUUCAUUACUACAGUUCUUUAAACAAAGUCUGUUCGUUCUUGUUUUCAGGUUCAGUUCCAGGCAAGUAUAAUAUUAUUUUAAAGUUAAUUAAGAAGUAAGAGUAUUCAAAUUUGAAUUACUAUCACUUCAAACAUUAUUGUUUGCUAUUACUAAGAUUUCAAAUCACUUUAAAGAGAUUGGAAUUAAAUCUUGUUUAACCUACUUUGCAUUUAACCACAUUUCUGUUUUUUAGAAACCAAUUCAUUCUAAUUGUUUAAAAAUUACUUUAAUAUGCUUUUCACACAUACAAGUUCUUUCUUGCACGUCUAAAAUAUUUAGCUUUUAUUUGUAUAUCAAAGCAAUGAAAAAGUUCCAUCCUUCUCUUAUUGAUGUCGGUUAGUAAAAGGGCUGGAUUACAGAUCUGGCUCAGCCAGGAUCUAGACCCAUUUAACAGCUGCUAAGUAUUGAUUUUCCAUUCUUGUGACUAAAGUUAUUGAGAAAGCCUUGACCAGUAGAUUGAUGGUCUACACCAGUUGACACCUUGUGGCAACGCAACUCCUUUAUAAAGAAUUCCCUGACACUAAGCUUGUUAUCCCCACAAUAAUGGGGUAGAGUUGCUUUGGCUUCUGAUUUGUAUUGGGAUUUUCCACAUCUUCUGGAAAGCUUUUUUUUUUUUAAAUUUUAAAAAAUUCUCUUUGAGCAGGAGUGGGCAACCAAAUGAGAUAACUAAUAAAUACACAGUAGUUUAGUUUGAUCUUGUUGUGUUAUUUUGCAUUUUAUUAUGAUGAGCAUUAAGAAUAGAUAAAUAAUUCUAUACAGAAUUUAGUGGGUUCUUAUUUUAACAUUAGAUGUAAUUACUUGUGGACCAUAAAAGGUUUAUUAGCUAUCAAAGUGGAUUGUGAAGCCUUCUGGGUUGGCUACCCCUUUCUUUGAGCAUUAAUGGUUUAAGAGAGAAAAAAAUGACCCUCCAAUUUUUAUUGCUUUUAAAAGCAGUAAGCUAUAUUUCUUAACAAUUCAUAUUGUUUUUUAUUUUUUUUUUUUAAAUGGAAUUUUGUGUGUGUGUGUUUUGACAUCACCCUCGUUAUUUGUUAAUGUAAUAAAAAUAAAAUAUUUUGCAACUCAUUUCAGUCUGUCAGGUGAAAGUAUAUAUUUUCACAUAAAUUCAUGGAAAUGCUGUUUGUGGAUUGUAUGAUUCAUAUAGACUUUAAAAAAACAAAAAAAAACAGCUAAUAAUUAUCGUGAGGUGCGAAAAUUCACCAUUUAUUUGUGUUUAUUUCAGAGGGUGUACCCAAUGUGUUCUACUUUGGUCCAGUAGGAAAAUAUAAUGCUCUUGUUUUGGAGCUCUUGGGACCCAGUCUUGAAGAUCUGUUUGAUCUCUGUGAUAGAAAAUUUACACUCAAAACAGUGCUCAUGAUUGCCAUACAGUUGGUAUGUCCCCUUUAUUUUGGCGUGAAAUUGUUUGUUGCUAUUUUCGUAUACAAAUUUUGCACUUGAAUUAAAAAUAAAUAGAUAUGAAUUUAUUCAUUCUUUAAAAAAUGUGUAUAUUUUUAUGGAAACUACAUAAAGCCUUUAUCUUGUAUGAUUCUUUUAUGUGCGUACAAGAAAGAAAAGAAAUACAGUGAUCCCUCAUUUAUGGCGGGUUCACUUUUCAGAGUAUCGCAAAAUUUUUACUUGUAUAUAUCUAAUUUUGUAUAUAGGAUUUUUAGCUAUAUUGCAGGAUUUUUGCGAUACAUAGGUAUUUUUAUAAAUUUAUCAUUUCUAAGAUGAAAUAAUCAUUACUUCUGUGAUGAAAUAAUCAUUUUCUGGUCUAAAAAAUGAAAACAAUUUAAAUAUAUAUUUUAAAUCUUGAUUAAAACAUUAAAAUAAUAUUUACUCAAAAUAAAAUAUGUAGUGUACAUCACAUAAGUAGACAAAGACUCACACAUAUGGAAAGCUCUGGUUUAAGAAGGUAGAUAGUGUUUAAGAGCAUAUGAAGUGUUAGAUAGUGUUUAAGAGCAUAGGAAGUGUUAGAUAGUGUUUAAGAGCAUAGGAAGUGUUUAUAAGAAUGUUGGAAGGUUAAUACAGUGUGGGAAAGGUUUCUAAGAAUAUGAAUGUGGUGAGGAUUUAUAAAGCCUUAGAAUAUAUAUAAAUAAUAAAUUAAAUAAGGUCGCUACUUCAUGGACCUUCGUCUAACUGUAACCGCUGGCAAUAGAUGAGGGAUCAUUGUAUUAUUUAUUAUUUUCUGCAGAUAACACGUAUGGAAUAUGUCCACUCAAAGCAUUUGAUAUACAGAGAUGUCAAACCUGAGAACUUCUUGAUAGGAAGACAAUCCACCAAAAAGCAGCAUAUCAUCCACAUCAUUGACUUUGGUUUAGCCAAAGAAUAUAUAGACCCAGAAACUCACAAACAUAUUCCAUAUAGAGAGCACAAAAGCCUGACAGGGACAGCUCGGUACAUGAGUAUAAAUACUCAUCUUGGCAAAGGUACCAUAUCAUAUUGUUAUAAUAAAAUUUAAUUGCUGUAAUUAUCCACCAACAUGACACUCAACCACCCCAAUCGUCCCUUAGACCCCUGAUUGUCUUAUUUAAUUUGAGCUAUUGAUAAAACUGUUAAUGACAAAGAAGUGAUUUUCUUCUAGCUCCUAUUAAUAUCCAAAAUGUUGCUUGUUUCAUCGGGUUUAACUAAUGCUUCGUUAAGAUUCUUACUAGAGCACUACUACAUAUAAAUUUUAAUUAAUGUUGCACAUAUCUUUCUGUUGCAGAGCAGAGUCGGCGAGAUGAUCUUGAAGCAUUGGGUCAUAUGUUUAUGUACUUUCUUCGUGGUAGCUUGCCCUGGCAGGGUUUAAAAGCAGACACGUUGAAAGAAAGAUAUCAGAAAAUAGGAGACACAAAAAGAGCAACACCAAUUGAAGUUCUAUGUGAAAAUUUUCCAGGUAAUGUCUAAAUUCCUAUUGCUACACUAUCCUAUCUAAAACCUUAUUUUAUCAGUUAGUUUAGGAAAAUCUGUUUUGAUUGAGGAGAGAUGAAAAAAAGUUUUCACCUUAUGUUUCCUGUACCAAGGAGUUUUAAAUGGAACUUUUUGUUUUCAAAUUUUUAAAAUUGUCCAUUGAUAAGAUAUAAAUAUUUGUUUUCUUUGCUUAAUCUAAAAACUUAACUUUUUCUAGACAUGAACAAUUUGGGAUUAGCCUUUGCUUUAAUCAGCCAUGAUCAGAUUGUAUGUAAAUUUUCCAAACCUGUUGUGGUUUCUUUGUUUGAAAAUUGUUCAUGAGCAUGCUUGAUUGAUAUCUGUGAUGCCUGACACAUAACCUACACUUUUGCUUAUACACAAAAAUUGUUUUUAUUUCAGAAGAACUAGCCACAUACUUACGGUAUGUUCGAAAGUUGGACUUUUUUGAAACACCGGAUUAUGAUUAUUUGCGGAGACUAUUUACAGAUCUUAUGGAUAAAAUGACAUAUGAAUGUGAUUGGCAGUUUGACUGGGUUGGAAGACAGGUGGUUAGUAGUUUUUAAAUAUACAUUUCUUUUUCUUUUAUAUUUCUUAGUUAUGUAACGAGGAAGAUGAAAUUUUAGUGAUGGUGAAUGUGAAUCAAAACCAGACACCAUCCUCCCAAUGACCAGACAUUAAUUUUGAAUUUGUUUAAAAUUUUCUUGUCUAUCUUGGACAGGUUUUUUUUUUUUUUAGAAAUGGCUAUUCUUCCCUAUGGCAAACUUUUCCAAAACACACCACUAGAAACUAAAAUCCAUGUUUCUCUAAAUUUCUAGUUAAAUUGCAAGUUUUCUGUCCUGAUUAAACUUAGGUAUUAUGUUCCAUUUUCAGUGACAGUUUUUGUUUGUUUUGUUGUUUGUUUGUUUUUUUGGUAAAUAAUAAAAAAUUUGUUUAAAGGUGUUGAGUUUUACACUGUUUGAAUUUCUAAACUUUACGGACAAGAAUUGGACUAAAUAAUUUUAAAGUCUCAGCAUAGUGACAUGUCAAGACAGUUGGGUAAUAAGUGGACACAAAAACAAAGGGAAAACAAAUCCUAACAAUUAUAGCUCAGGAUUAGAUUAAUGCCAACAAUAUAUAUAUAUUUAUUUAUUUAUUUGUUUAUUUUAAGGAAAAUUAAAAAUAUCUUUAAAUAAUAGAUAAACCUUGUAACUCACUGAGCUGUUCUUUAUAUAAAGUUUCAGAUACUUCAUACAGUUCUAACCGGGCUUAAUUUUAAUGGGCUGUUUUGUUUUUUUAAAAGUAUAUUUCAAACUUGAAGAAUGUCAAGUCCCUUUAAUCAUGGUAGUUACAAAAACUAUACAAACAUAGAUCUGAAUAGCUUAAUCAAUACAAAAGCUCAUAUAUUCAGGAACUGGCUUGUUAUCUUGCAAAUUUCUCAACUCCCAUUUUUUAAAUUAAAAAUGUAUGUUCUAUAUCCUUAAAGUGGUGAAAUGGACAGUGUUUAACAGAGGGCUCCUGAAUCAAGUGAGGGGAGAAAUAUGUUCAUUCAAAUUAAUGAAUAUGUUAAAAAAAAUCAAGCCCUCUUUUUUGGUCUCAAUGAUUGUUUUAAAAGCUUUCCAUUAAUCAUUUUUAUUUCACUAUACCUUCCUAAUGAAUGUUGUGGGAUAGAUGUUGUGAAGUCAUCCCUCUUUUUGUUUUUGAAACCUCUUGAGUUUUUAUAUUUGUUUACAGUAAACCACGAAAUCAAAUAUACUCCUCUCUAAAUUCUUGCACUGAAUUUCAACUUUAAGCUUCAGUAUGAUUUGGAAGGCUUUUUAAAAAAUUCUUCAGCUGGUAUUUUGUGUCUUUGUUUAGUUUAUGUAAAAUGAUUACUGCUGUGAUUAUUGAUUUUGUAGAAACAGGUAUGUCAGCAGGGUUAAAUUUAAAAAAGAAAUGUAUAAUUCUUCGCCUUUCGAUCGCCAGUCCACUCCACAGAGUGUUGUUGAGCAAACUGUAUCUCCGCAGAGGGAUCCCGUCGUGGGCAGAGAGAGGCAUACUGCCCAGCAGGUAAUUUUAUCAUCAGCCAUGUAUGUGCUGGAUAUACCUGUAGCUCUCUGCUCUUUGUUAUUUCAAUCUCCACAUGGACUGACUUGAAUAUUCUUCCCAGUGCACAAAAUUUAGAUUUUUGUUUUAAAUUACCAUUUCUGCAUCAACAGAUAUUGCAUACUUAGAAGCAUAACUUUUUAUCUGUCCUGAUGACUCCUAGCUAACAGUGUGAAUAAUUAUAAAACUGUAUCUUGAGUGAAAGUACGCCCCAUUUCAAAACUAACUGUUUCUGGGGGAAAAUUGGCUUGUUUAUUUUCCUAACCAUGAUUUUAAUCUGUUCUUCUUAGCUUUUGGUUUUGAUGGUUAGAAAUAUAUAUUUAACAUCACAUAUAUUCCCUUUUAUUAUUUCGAUAUUUUGCAAACUAAUUCAAUCCUCUAUAUCCAGAAGAGACCAGUUACUUUCAUUUGAAAUUCUUCCUUAUUUUUUAAAUCAUAAUUAUAAAUAAUUUUUUACUCUUAGAUUUGAAAGCAUAUGCUGAAAAUUGUUUGCACAGAUGAAUAAUGAUCUAUUGAAGAUAUUCCAAACAAAAUAAUUAUUAUAAAGACAUUCUACAUGGGUUGUUAUCUUUGAAAUAUAUAUUCUCAGGUAUCUCAGUCAAGUCAAAUCAAAUCUAAUUGGGGUAUUAAAUGUCUUUUAAAUGAUGCUGUCUUCUUCAAUUUUCAUUCAUUAUUAUAAUUUUAUAUCUUGGGUCUUUCUAUAUCAUUAAUUAAAAUAGUGUAUGUUUGGGUUGGGCUCAAAGGAAGAAAUCUCUUUUAUAUGAAAACUCUCAAAAUAAGCUAAACUCUCCUUUUUGUUUUAAACUAAUUAUUUUGUUAGAAAGUCUCAUAUUAUUGUUAUCUAAUCUUUUCAAGAUACUUAAAGUUGAUAUCUUGGUUCUCUAAAUCUAUGUCACUGGACCAUUUUAAAAAAAGAACACUAAUAAUUUCAGUUUGGUGAUCACUGUUCAAUAAAUGAAUUUAAAAUAGAAUGUUUCAUAAUUGCGACAUAUUUAUAGACUUGUAGUUCAAUUUAAAAUAUAGGAGUUUAAGGAGUUUUAUUUUUUGGUCUCAAGUUGCAUAUGAUAUUUGCUAAGAUAAAUAGAUUAUAAUCACAUUGCACAUUUGUUGAUCAGACAUUGGGCGAUUGUGUUAGUAAUAUGGAAUGAUUAUAAAACAAUGGACUUAACAUUUAUAGAAUAAAAGUUGGUCAAUAACACACACACAAAAUAUUUCAGCAAAGAAAGGGACUUUGGAAUCUUUUUCUUUCUCUGGAUUAAAAUUUUUUUUUUUAAGCUUUUGUUUUUAAAAAGCUAUUUUUCAUUGCACAAAUGGUUUGGACAAAUUUCUAUUAUUUUAUAGACUGCAUGUGCUAAUAAAGUAUAGCCACAAUGCCGUUACACAAAUGAUAUUAAGAAGUAAAGUCAAGGCUUAUUGUAUUUUCAUUCUUUUAUUUCUAUAGGAAUUAUCUGCAAUGGACCGUAUGUGAGGCAAUAUGCUGUCACUAUUAAAAUGAGCACCGUUUUAGAUAUUUAAGUUUUACAUUUAUCAUCAACACACCUUCAGGUGAUUGAACAAAAGAGAAAAACUUACAAAAAUUAUUAGAUUAGUAUAGGGGUACAUACUUUUCAAAAAUUAAUGCAGGAAUGUGAAAGAGGAAAAAAUAUCCAGUUCUUAUAUAGUAAAUAACUUUUUUUGAGACAACAAAAUUCUUAACUACUGCACUUGCUAAGUGACUUGCUGUAAAUGUUAUGGUUGGAACAUGUAUAAGUCAUAUGCUAUUGGGCUAAUGCAAACAUAAAAUGUACAAUUUAGUUACUGAUAUAUUGUUUCUUAUAAGUUAAUUCUUCCAUAUCAUAGUUUAUAAAAUAUUGGUGUAAACAUUCUGUUGGAUAUUUGAUUAAAGGCUAUAUUUUUAUGUCAAGCCCAUGUUAGAGAAAACAUGCUAAUAUACAUAGUCACAUUUUUUAGUUAUUUUCAUUAAUUCUCAAAUUUAUAAAGUAAUGUUUUAAAGGAAACUUGAAAUAUGCUUGACCUCUCUAGGAAAUGAUGUUACUGCCCAUUUUGACAAAAAUUGACUCAUUUUAUUUAAAUGUUAAAAAACUUUCAUUAAAAAUUUUAAAAUGUGCAGAUAUCACCAUGCACUUCUGAAAUGUUCUUAAUAAGUUGAUCUCAUAUGUGCAUUGUUUCACCAAAUCCUCUGGUAUUUACUUGUACCUCAGUUUAUCCCCUAACUCCAACUCUAUUGGUCAUUCUAAAUUACCAACACUGUCCUUAGCACCACUUAUAUUUUUUUUCCUUAUAACUUUAAAUUUAAAGACAAAAUUUUUUUUUAAAGUCUGCCUAUUUAUAUCCAGAUUCUUUAAGUUUAAGAAUAGUAACUCUGUUGUGCAUUUUACUAUUUACAUGCAUGACUGAAUUUUAUAUAUUACAAUAACAAAAGUGUUUAUCUAUCUGUGGUUUUUUUUGUUUUUUUUUUAGUAGGAAUCUAACGAACCAAAAGUAAUUUUGACCAUCAGAAAAAUACCUUCCAAUAUAUAUACAAUAUUUAAGUUAAUUAUUUUCAAAAGAGAUUAACCAGGUCUAUAGUAUUAUUUACUAUAGAAAUUGUAUUAUAGUAGUUAUUUAAAUAUUAUUGUCUUUUUACAAUAUCAAAAGUAGAUUAAAUCAGUUGUAAUACCACUAAUACGGUGAGAUGUAAAAAUUAAUAGAACCAUAAUCACCCUACCCGCUCGAUAUUAUAAAAGGUUGCAUUAUUUUGGUAACACUAGAAGGGAUAGUUUGUCCAUACUGGAAGUGCUCUAUUAAAUACCUUCUUAAGAAUCAUGUCUCAUCUUCCCUUAGAAUAAUCAAAUUGUAAUCUCUAUUUACUUUUCCUAAGUAACAAUUAUAGAGUUCAAGCCUGUUAACUGCUUAAGAAUGUCAGCUUAACAAAUUCCAAUGCUUAGUGCCUGGUUUGUCAGUCUGGCUGUCAACUACUGACCACCUAUGUAGGAGGGACCCAUGUCCCAUCGCACAAGCUGUUCUUUUUCCUCCUAACCAUACUGAUUUGCCUUUCAGUCUUCUAAUCAAAGGGGUCAGCAUGCCUGGGGUGAACAGCCACGACACACAUAUCUGGGAGACAACCUGGCCUCUAGUAGGCAUGGGGGUUCUGUACAGGUAGGCUUCCUUCUCUCAGCUCCACUAGGGGAGUUUGGCUUGAGAUUUUCCUAUUGCUUUCUGUGAUGUGUAGGUCGUGCUUGCCAAGGGUGGUCAGGCUGAAUGUGCCCCUCCUCUCAUUUUAUCAGUAGUUCAAAGCAUGUCUUUUUUAAAUGUUUUUUUUAAACUCCUUAGUAUUGUUAUAUUUUGUAACUGUUAGAUGCUGCUUUAGAAAUAACCAUGUCACCAAACUGUACUUUAAUACCUUAACAUUCUUAUCAUGCCUUGCAUUGAUUCACUAACUAUGCCUAAAUUUGAUCUGACUAAAUUUUCUGUUUUUUUCUCUCCCAUUUCUUCUUUCAAAAGAUUAAAAAAUCCUCUGAAAUAGUACACUGCAAUUUUGACAGGAACGAAGUUAUCUUUGAGGUUGUUUUUUUUUUGUAAUAAAAAAUGUUUCCAUAUCAUACUUUUAACUUCACAGCCUCAGCAUUUUUUGGAUCUCCAUUCUACCAAAAUGAGAUUUCUUAUCUGCUUUUAUUUGUAAUCAAAUGGUUGAUUUUUUUUGAAAAUACAUUCUUCAAAAUGUAUUUUAUUGGAUCAAUGUAAUUCCCCCUUUUCCCUUGUUCUACAUGUCUAAGGUAAAUUCUACAGAGCAUGUAACCUCUAAGUUCUUUACAUAAAAUAUUUUGAUGGUUCUUGAUCUUUUUCGUACAUCUUCUUUUUACCUAAAUUGAGCAGUGGUAUGGAAACUUUCCUCUCUGGAAUCUGCAAGAAAAUUACAUAUGCUGAAUAAUUAACUUCAUUUGCACACAAACCAUUACACAAACCAUACAAAAAGAAAGUGACAUUAUGAAAACCAGUAAAAAGGCCAAUUUUAUUGUCAACAUAAGAUUAUGCUGAGUAAACUAGCUUGCGGAUAUGUUCACAUAUGCACACUCAAAAAAAACAGCCACUGAUAGUUUUUUUUUUUGUGUGUGGUCAUUUUGUUGUUAAAAUCAUACUUUAUGCAUCAUCAUCAUCUGUGGCGCAACAGCUCAUGUAGGGCACUGGCCUUUUCCACCUCAUUAUUCCAUUUAGAUUGAUCCAUGGCCUUCCGCCUCCAUGCGCAGACCCCCAGCUGGUGUAAAUCCUUCUCAGUCAGUCCAUCUAAGUUGACAAGUUAGCCAUCUACCCUUAGGUUUCUGCCUGUAGAUCAAUUUUGCUGCUCCGGUAUCCUCGCAAGGUGUCCUGUAUUGCACAAUCUGCCUUUUUUCACUGUUGCUAUUAUGGAUGAGUCUUCAUAAAACUGAUAUAUCCCUUGGUUUGUAUGGAUUCAACAUCCAUCGUCUAUCACUGGAUUGUAUAGUUUCCUGACGAUUCUUCUCUCCCUUGUGGUGAGCAGGUUCUCUGCUUUUCUGUUAGCUCCUUGAAAGUAGCCACUCUCUCAAUAAUGUGGGACCUUAUUUUGAUGUUGUCAGCAGUAUGUAUGGUUUGUGACAUUACCAUAUAUUUUGUCUUCACUUCCUUAACCUCAGGACAACUUUAACAGAGGCAUCUUCAAGUUCCCAGUAGCACUAUGUUGUAUGCAUAUGCCAGGUACUGGCAAUUCUUGUGAAUUGGGAUUAUGAGUGCCGUUCCCCAUUCUUUUGUCAUUUCUUCCUCCUGUCAGUUUCUGAAUAUGAGGUCAUGUAUUUUCCUAUGCAGUUCUUAUCUAUUUAGUUUUAUCAGUUCUGCAGUGAUAAGGUCUAUUACUGGGGUUUUGUUAAUCUUCAUGGUAAAUAUCAAAUCUUUUUGUUUCAUUCAGUGUUGGUUUCCAGUCCUCCUUGUGGUAUAUAGUAAUUCUCAUUGGCUUCUCCAUGUGAGCCAUUAGUCAUCACUUCAAAGUAUUGUGAGCCUUGUUUCUUUCUACAUUCUGCAUCAUACCAACCUCUUCUUUCCCUGCCUGUUUAAAUCCUACUGUUUCCUUUUAUACACUUUUAACAAUUUGCUUCAUUUUUUACAAUUGCUUAUUUAUAUUGAUGUUGCUGGCCCAUUCCCUUUUGUAUAAUUCUAGUUGAGUUUGAAUCUUCUGUUGACAAGCCUCAUUGAUUUUUGGGUCUCUACUUAACUUCUGCCUUUUGUAGUGUUUUUCUCUUUUAUUUGGUUUAUUGUGGAUGUUACAAAUUCUUUGUUUAUAUUUGAUUUUUACAAGCAUAAGGUUUCAGUCUAUGUCUGCCCUUCUAAAACUUCAUAAUAUGUCAGAGCCAUGCCUUCACAGUCAAUGAGUAUGUGAUUUAUUUGAUUACGGGAUAAUCCUUCUGGUGAUAUCCAUGUAGCUUUUUGUAUUUGUUUGUGUGGGAAUAUUGUGCUGCUGAUGGUCAUUCCUUUUCCUGUUCUGAAAUCUUUUAGACAUGCUCUGUUGUCAUUGCUCUCAUCAUGCAGACUUUCUGAUAGUUGGUCUGUAAGCAGGUUCUUUUUACGAUUCACUCAUUGAAAUCUCCAAGGACUAUAUUUGUUGCUUGGGUUGGUGCCACAUCCAUUAUUAUUUCAAUUAUUUCAUAACAAAGUUUCCUUAAUACUGUCAUCUGCAUCUUCUAUUGGAAUGUGUAUGCAAAUUAACAUGAUUUUAAACAUAUUUCCUCUUACCCUUAUGGAGCAUAGUCUUUCACUCACAGGUUUGAACCCAAUGAUUGUAUAUACUGUCUCUUGUGACUGCAAACCCUACUCCUAAGGUGUUGGUGUCGUUUCCACAGUAAAAUUUUGUAUAUUCCUCAUUACUUAGUAUAUCCGAGUCGUUCCAUCUUAUCUCCUGCAGUGCAGCAAAAGUGAUUCUAUAUCUUAUCUAUUCAUCUCUGAGGCGGGCCACCAUCCAUUAAUCAUACUGUUGUCCAGGCAUGGGUGGACAUCCUAAAAUAUUGUUUGUGAUUUUGCUUUCGUGACAUUAGAAUUUUUGAUGUGCCAGGGUUGUCAGCCCUGCGCACUAUUGUCUGGGGGAAUAUCCCUUAUAGCUCUCAAGGUAGCUGCCUUUGUUUUUUUGCCUUUGUGGAUCCCCCCACUUCCUACAAGGCAGUAGGUUCUGAUUUUGGUCUGUGAUGGUUAAGGUAUUUCCCCAGCACCCACCAUAUCUUGUGGGCUUUCUCCCAUCCACCACCUGGGGAGACGCUUGAUGGAAGAUUAGUAUCUCUGCACAAGGUACUUGUAUGCAGGCCGAACAAAUGUUGAGGUCACAUGCCAUAGUUUGCCCUCUCCUGAAAUAGAGUGUACAAGAGUUAGGCUUAUUUUUGUGCUUUAAUCAUAGCACACAUUCAUUAACCAUUCUACUUUUAAUAACAUUAAAUUAAAAUUAUGGAUGAUUUUAAAAAAUGUAUGCAAUCUGAAAUUCAAAUGGUUAGUGGAUAAUAGUUGUAAACAGAUUAUCCAUAAGACCUAUUGAAAUUUAUAAGUACCUUAACACUAUUUCAUUUAUUUAAGGUCAUUUUUUUGCUUUCUCUUUAAAAACAAUUAAAACUAUUAUAUUCAUUAACAUAAUAGUUUUAAUUAUUUAUUGUAUGACUUAUUCACCAUUUCGCACAUUAGUUUGACAACUCUGUCUAAUAGGGAAGAACUAGUCAGCAAUAAUUUUCAUUUGGUGUUACAUAGUAGAACAUGGAAUGACCUGUGCCUGUCACUUAGUUGUUUUAAAAAAAAAAAAAAUUGUAUCAAACUUGAUUUGCAAAGCUUUUGCUGCAAUUAAAGAAAUGAUGAAACUAUUAUGUGAUGGAAACAGAUGAAAUGUGGCAGAGUUAAAAUAAUUGGUAACACAUAUUAAUAAUAAUUUGUAUGACACCCAGGUUUGAAUGCUCCACCUUACUCUGUUAAGUAACAUCACAUUGUUUAUACAUUGUGCAAUGAAAUCAUAGAUUUAGACACAUUUCAUUACAUCGUCAUCGGACCAUUUUUCUAAUGACAUUUUUUUUCCAUGUAAUGAAAAUCUUAAGAUUAUUGCAUCUUAAAAAGCAGCUUAUUUAUAUAUAGGGCUAGCUAAUCAAGGUCUGAUUGAAAUUCCAAUCAUGGAGGAACCAUGUUGUUCUUCUCAAUUGAUCAUUUAAAACUAUUUUUCAAAGUGAGCUGUAGAAUCUAUUUGAAAGGAUAUGCAGAUGGUAAUAGCCAUGAUAGCUAAGAAGGCAUUCUUAGGAAAAAAAAUUGACUUUUAUAAAUACCUUUUCGCAGUUUGUCAAUCAUCCUCCUAACUAAAUAAAUAAUUAUCACAAAAAAAAAAUGGAUACAGUAAAAAUAGGGAAAAUAAAUAGCCCAAAAUGCUAUGGUCUCAAAGUUCUUGCCCAUCUUAUUCAUCAAUUUCAAUAAUUUUAUGGAAUGGAGUGGUUUUAUUAACCUUUUUCAAAUUUAGGCAUGUUGCAACCAAAAAAAAAAAACGUGCUCUGGUGUAAUGUUUAUGUUAGUUGCAUUUACAUUUUUAUUGGAGCAAGGAUCUGAAAAGAUUAUGGUAACAUUGAUUUGAAGCGAGUUAUUUCCUUCUGGGAUGGGUCUUUUAAGUGGUUUCUGUUUGUCAUAUUUAGACAGUGUUUCCUUGCCAAGGUUCUUAAACUUAAUGCUAGUUAAGUGUUGUUUUCCCAUUCAAGGGUGUCAGCUGCUUUUUUGAUGUUAAAUUUAUAUGCUUAUAGUAUUACCCUCAAGGGUUACAUUUAUUAAUUUUUUUUAUUUUUAUAAACCCUAAAUUAAGGAUGGUUUACGGUUUGUUUUUUUUUUUUUGUUUUUUUUUAAUUUUCUAAGUUAAGUGUUGUUUUCCAAUUCAAGGGUGUCAGCUGCUUUUUUGAUGUUAAAUUUAUAUGCUUAUAGUAUUACCCUCAAGGGUUACAUUUAUUAAUUUUUUUUAUUUUUAUAAACCCUAAAUUAAGGAUGGUUUACGUUUUGUUUUUUUUUUUUUUUUUUUUUUUUUUUUUUUUUUAAAAAAAAAAAAAAAAAAAAAAAAGGAUGAUUUAGGGGCUUAUGUUAAAAAUUAUUUAAUGCUGCAUGACCUAUUAGAAAAAAACACUCAUGGCAUCAAUUGAAUAUUGAGACUGUUUUAAAGUUAAAUGUAUGUCAGGGCUUUUUUUCACAGUUAUUUUAAAUAGCCACCAUAACAAAGUGCUAAGGGAAAUUUGUGGUUGACCAUAUCCAAUAUGAGAAAUUAUGUAAUGGAAAUACUAAUUAUUAAAAAAUAACUUACUAAUUAUUUUAAAAAUCAUAUAUAUUUAGAAAACUAUUAAUGAAAUUAACUUAAGUUGUUAGGCCUAGUGUGGGCUUUAGCAAUUAACAUAGAUUUAAGAGGCCUUUGAGUUUAAAUUAUGAAACUUACUGGAUAAAGUAAAUUAACUUUAUAAUUGUCCCUGCCUUAUUUUGCCUCAUAAAACUUUCUGGAAAACAAGUUAAUCUUUAUGUUAAAUAUUGCAAAUGUUUUAGCUACCGGGUAUUUAUCAUAUUACCAGUACAAAUUGCAUAAUCCUGGCAUGAUAACAUUAGGGUUUACUUGCAAUUAACACACUCUUAGUGGUGGUAACCAAAAUUGUAAAGAUGGAUUAGUCACAUUCCAUCAGUGAUAUUGGUCACUGUUUGUAGAAUACUUUUUGUUGCUUGCAAUUUAAUGUUCCUUUUUUUUUUUUUAAAUAAAAACUCUUUGUUAAUAAUUUACUGCUUAGUAAAGAUACCAACUCUGCGAAGAUAUUUACACAUUUUUGUUUGUUUUUGGUUUACUAUUAAUUAUAGCUAAAUAAAAUUUAUAAAAUGUAUAUGAACUUUCAAUGCAUUGCUUUAAACUCCUUAAGAUUAUUAUUUUUGCAAACCAGGUAACACCAUACUUUGAAGUAGUUCAUAAAUCUGAUGAGCACAAUUUAUAAUUAAUUAGUAGCAAAAAAGAUUUUAAAAAUUUUAUGUUGUAAAUAUUUCUCACAUUUUUGUCCACAUAAUGGAUGUUUAUUUUAUAUUUGGCACCUUUUUUCUCUCUUACUCCUUAGGUGAUGAGCUCUGCAAAUGAACUAGCCCAAGAGGACCCAAUUGUGCCGUCUACUACCCCUAUCACUGCACAGCCUGAGGUCGAUAUCCCUGAUGAGACCAAGUACGUUACCACUAUUUGGUUCACGUAUUAAAUUCUAGUUCAAUUUUUUUUUAAGACACUUUAUUAAAUUUUGUUAAUGUUGUGGCAACAAGGUCACAACACGUUGGCACAACAUGUUGAUGACCUUUCUGAUAAGUUGUAGGUAAUGAUUUUUAAAAUUUAUAGAAUUGUUUUUUUUUUUUUUUUUUUUUUGUUGUUGCAAAAUUGAAAAGUGUUUCAUUUUAAAGGAAAAGUCGUAAGUCAUGCCCAGAUUAAUUUUUCUGUUUGUUUUUAUUUUUAAAAUUUAUAUAAUUUUUUUUUUUUUUUUUUUUUUUUUUUGUUGUUGCAAAAUUGAAAAGUGUUUCAUCAUAAAGGAAAAGUCGUAAGUCAUGCCCAGAUUAAUCUUUCUGUUUGUUUAUGGACCUUGAAGCUCAUGAAAACUCUACUCUUUAAGUUACCCUUACCCACAAUAAUGAGCUUGUUUUUUCCUCUGGACGUCCACUUCUGUCUUCUUGCAGGUGCUGUUUCUUCCGCCGUCGCAAGAAGAAGAAGGGUCGCCGCAGUUAAAAACAUGGUCUGUGUUCAUCUAUUCAGUUAGAACCUAUUAUAAAGUUACAGCUAGCACUGUUAUUGUGACUCAGAAAUUAAAAGGGAUUUCCUAUCUUAAUUCUAAGUAGGAUUAUUUAUCAUGGAGACUUAAUAAAAGUUAACAGUUUUUAUGAUUUUAAGCUCCCCAGAGGAGAAUUUGGAGUUUUCAUUCUGUCUGUUAAAAAAUGUUAAAAACUUCUUUAUAAAAUAACUACCUUGUGCUAUAUUUUUAUGUUUAAAAAAUAACUCUUAUUGUUUAUUAUAUUCAGUCCUAUUACAUUUUUAUACAGGCUUUAUUAAUGUUUUGCUACAUGAAAAUAAUACACAUUCAGCUAAUACUCAACACAAAUAUUGAUUUAAUAUUAUAUCCAAAAUGAUAAAUCCAAAAAAACAUUAUUUCUUUCAGAUUAUUUGUUAAUUAGACUUUGAAAUGGCUUUUCUUUCUCAAAAAUAUUUUUAAUUAACUUUUAUUUUUAUAAAAAAUUUAUAAUCAACUAUUUAUAGCCUUCAGAUUUUUUUAAAUGGUAAAUGACAUUCCUCUUUUCAAUUAUUUACUUAUUCAGGACAUAAACUGAAUUUUAAGAAUUACUUAUUAAUUAUGAGCAUUAAAAUAUUAACACAACCUUUUUUUUCUUCUUUUUGUUGUUAAAAAUAAUGUAAUAAAUAUGAAUCUAAAUAGCAAGGUUUUGAGAAUUAAAAAAAUUAUAGCUUAUUUAAAAUAUUACUAUGAAAGUAUUCAAGUCCUUCAUUAUUUAAAAAAAUAUUUUUUUAAACUUUAGAUUAACUAAUUGAAAGGCCUUCAAUUUACCCGUAUAAAUAAAUGUAUAAAGGCUAUCUUUUCUCUUCGUUGUUGCUUGCUUGUUUUACUAUCCAUAAAGUCACAUUUGCACAAAAUUUAGCAUAUCUUUUAUUUAAAUUUUUUUGUUUACAAAUUCCACAGGUGCUGUGGUUGCUUCAGAUGGAAAAAUUCAAGACCACGGGCAAAAUCAAAGCGCCAGAAAUGACGUAAAGCACUGAGUCACCAGAGGGAUGCCAAGCCAUUAAAUUCACCUGAGUUAUCCUGUGACAGCACCUCAGCUGAAAGCCCCCAUAUUUAUCCCAGUGUUAGAGAUGAUCAGUUUCCACCACAGCUUCCUAUAAUGUCCCCCUCACCAGGGGUCGGGGCCCUGUGGGGACAUGUCAAUCAAACCUUCUUAUGAUGAUUUUUUUGUGGUCAACCUCAGCUAAUAACAAUUUGGCAAGCUUUUAGAAAAAAUAAUUUUAAGGUGAAUCUGAUGAUGUCAUUCUGGUCUUCUCAAAGAGCUCAGUUUGUAAUAUUUAGAAAGGUUGAUUUAAGAUAUAACUGUACAAUAGUAGGGAUUCAUUCCAGUCUUUCUUUUUUUAAUUCCAGGUUUCACAGAUUUUUAAUUAUUUCUUUUAAAAGUUUUGCUGUAUCCACCCUCUUUUACACACUAUAGAUCAAACAAAAACACAAUAUAAAGCUAUAAUUGAAAAAAGCAUUUUUUAUUUUUAAAAAAAAGUUUAAGAACUUUAAAAGAUGUAUUGUUAAGACACUUAUUUCAGAAAAUUGUUAGUUACAGGAAAUCAAGGAAGAUUUUUUUAUUAAUAAUGUUUAAUACUUAUGUCACAUUUUUUACACAAUAUAUUUUUUUUAAAUGCAAGUUUUUAACCUGUAACCAAAUUUUAAAAGAAAAAAUUUAAGAAUCAGUAAGGUUUAGCAAGAUAAUGUUAAUCCAUUACUCUACGUCUCCUUACUCUUACCCCCCCUGAUGUGACUCAGUCGCUGCGUGUUUUUUUAAACAUAUGCAUGUUAAUGUACAUACCUUAAUUUUUUCUUCAUUUAUUUGUCAUGUUUGUUCCUCCCCGUUCAAGUGACCCCCCUCUUCCCUUCUCCAAAAAAAGGUUGUAAAUAUUGGAGUCAAGCUUGUAGCUUAUAACUAGUUGAAAGUGGGCAACAGUUGUCUUUUUUUGUUUUUAUUUUUUUAUUAUUUUUUUUUUCAUCUCACGUGGAUUUGGAUUGUUAAUUUACAAAUGCGUUAUUGCUCUGAUAAGCAAAAAUUAAGGGCUUUGCACUCAUCAUCCCACUUUUAAAGAAUAUUUAACUAUUUUUUGUGAAUGCAUAUCUCACUAGACAUCAUGUAGAAUUAGUUACAAUCACCAGAAGAAUGUGUCAAACAUUUGGAAACGGAAUCACCAACAAACCCACUCCAAAUUCACCAACUUUUUUUUUAAACAAAUAAUUCUUUUGUAAUGCGACAAUGGCAAUCUUCACUUUGACAAUUCAAGAUGCUUUAUUGACUCAAAAAUUUUCAUUAAUAUCAGAUGUCUGUUUUAUCACAUACCAUGUGUUCAUAUUUUUGUCACAUGGUCAUGCAAAUUUAGUUAAAGCCCAUUAUUUUAUACUGAUAAUUUGCUUUCUUUUUUAAAAAUAAACGCUUUAGGACUUUUUAAUGUAGAUUACAAUAUAAAUUAAUAUCUGUGCCGCACCUUUUCUUCCUACUGAACUAAAAUGCAAUAGUGCCAUUGAGAUGAAUUAUCAUGUUACUUUUUUUUUUUUUUUCCAUAUUAUUUUUGGGGGAAGUUUACCUAGACACCUUGAAGAUUCAUAAAUAUCUCUGUUUUAUUUUUUUUCCCUCAUUAUUAUUGACUAUCAAGUACAACAAGCUUUUCUUUUCUUCUUAUAAAUGACAUUUUAUGAACUUUUAGGUACAUUUCAAAACAUAGCUUUUGUUAUCCCAACAAAAACAAAAUAAGUUAGGUGUGUGUCUAAGCAAACUUUACUACACUUCCCCUAUAAGCUUGUAAUUUAUUGGUCUCAAAUUUCCCAAUUUUUUUCUGCUGAUUUUUUAAUGGACACUUGUGAGUUGAUUAACUUGUAUGUGGUAAGAAUCAGCCAUUUUAAUCUCACUUUUUAUUUGCCCAUAUGUUUGUGCUUAUGUUCUCCCACACAUUGGGUUGGGAAAUUUUAUAAAGUUGAAUUUAUGUUGAAAGUUCAUUCGUAAUUUGUUUAUGAAGUCAUUUUUUAAAAAAUUCCUUGUAAUAAACAUUUCAUGGUUUUUAUGUGUGGAGUAUCAGAAAUAUGCAAAUUUGUGCUUUGUACCUAUUUUAAAAUGAGUCCUACUUGUUAACAUUAUGAAUGUCCAAGAAAUAAUAGACAGAAAAUUGGUCUCACAUUUAAUUUAGUGUGCAUAUGUAUGUGUUAAAGAAUUUCACAGAACCUUCAUCUUGAAAGUAAAUAAAUGUAAAUAUCUUUUAUAAAAAAAAAUUUGAUAAUUUAAAAGAAUAUGUCAUUUCAUUAUGUAUGAUCAACAGGGUGCAAAUAUCCAGAAUGAAUGGGGGGGGGGGAAUUAUAUAAGUAUUUUGAAGGGUUUAAACAGUUAUGGCUAAGUUAUUAAAAUAUAAAAGACAAGUUCAGUGUGAUUUUAAUUGUGAAUUUUAAAAUAAAAUCAGCUUCAACAUUCUUACAUGUUCUUCCAAAUUUCUCAUGUACAUUUUGUUUUACAGCAUAAGAGUACAAAUUUUACAUUUCAGUAUAAACUCAAGACCACAGAUUUGCUUUUUUUUUUUUUUUAAAUCCAAAAGCAUUGCCAACAUUAAUUUAAAUCCUAUUUAACUUCUCUGUUUCAAUAAAUUUUAGGACAAUAACUAAUAAGCAGCUUUGGCUCAUGUACGUUUGUGUGUGCACAAUAAAUUAUUUUUUUUAUCUGAUGAAUAAACAAGAGGGCCUUAAUUUUAAUCCAACAAAAAAAAAAAGUUAUGAUUAGAAAGUUAUUGAAAGUGUGUUGCUUUAUUAGUCAUUUAAAUGUUGACAGUUGAUUAUCACUUUGUAAUGUCAUGUCUGUCCAUAUGCUGUUCUUUUUUUCCCUGCUUCAGAUAUCAACCAAGAUAUUAAGUCAAAUUGGGGCCAUAAGGGCCUAUUAUGAUUAGAUCAAUGUAGAACAGAAUCCCAUAGAAAGUUGUUAAAUUUAGAGCAAGCACAACAAAAAAUAUUGUCAACUCCUAAACCUAAUAACUCCCUGUUGGUGAUAUUAAAGUGUUUUAGUUGCACAAUAUUUCCAGUCAUGCAAAAAAUUAAUAGGUCCUGUUCUGCUAAGAAAAACAUUGGAGAAAAUAAGAUCUGCCAUUGAUAUGACAAGGCAGCAUGGCAAAGUGCGGAUAGUAACUUGUCCAUCUCAGUGUUGCAUACAACUGAUGAUUAUGCAGAUUGAUUCUGUAGACUUUUUUUUUGUAUGUAGAUGAGUUGUGUCCUGAAUCCUCAUCUAAAAUCUACUUUCGACUGCAUAAAUUUUAUUAUAAGCUUUUUUUUCUCUAGUUAAAGUGCCAAGGGGAUCAGAGAUUGUAAAAUUCACUAAUUUAAAUAUCAAUUGCUUUUAAAAAAUCAGGUUAAAUAUUACUUGGAAAAGCUCCAGAGCUAUGGGAAAUAAGUUAUUUUCUCUAUUUUUAUACCCAACUAAUUUCCUGUAUUUAUUUUGGCAAGACUUUUGUUAGGUUAUCUUGUUUAAAUCUUCAGUUCAAUGAAAUAGUAUAUCAGCAAUCUCUUCAAGGAUGGUGAAGUCAUGUUUGUGCAUUUUUUUAAAAAUAUUUAUUUGAUUUAAAAAUCUACUAUUAAGACAGAAAAUCACCAUUGUAGAGCAUUAAUUGAUUUUCUAUAAAUAUAGACAAUUCUUAUUAAUAUUAACUAAGUUCUUUUUGAACUAUGAUACUCAGUUAAUAAUAUUCAACUUUAAUUUGUAGUUCAUCUGAGAUAUUUUUCAUCUGCACACUUAUUAAAUUUGACUUUGUAUGUUACAUAGUGAUUAAUAUAUUUUAAAAAAUUAAGUCCCAUGUUCUUUUUCUGUGUGACUGCAUGUGAUUAAAUGUGAAUGUUUUUGUUUCUGGUCACAGAUAAUUUAAAUAGCUGUAAAUCUUAAACCUGUCAAAUUUUCCCUCAAAAUGCUUUAGCUUAAAAAUUAUGCUUUUACUUGGAGUUUCAUGAUUAUAUUAAAAUUUACUUAGCCAUUUUUAUUAUUUAGACUUAUUUUAUUUAGAUCUUUUUAUACAUUGUAUCCCAACCUUAAAUGGAAAAAUAUUCCAAAGUUGACUCCCAAGUCAGUGCAAAGCAGGCAGGUCCCUGAGGUUACCCAAGUAUCCAAUCAGCAUAAUGUCAACAGAUAUUCCUAUAGUUAGUUAUAGUUAUAGUUAGUUAUCAGGGGUAAAAAUCAGCAGAUAAAUUUAUUUCUGAAAACCGCAAAAGAAAAUAAUAGAAUUGAUUUAGUUGAAUCUAGAUUGAAGAAAAACUUUCUUUAUAAAAAAACAAGACAGUAAUUUAUUUUUUAUCUUGUUGGACAUUAAAAGAAUCUCCUUUAAAGUUUCUUUACUUUGCCAUCUUUUUGUUAUGUGUUAUAUUUCUAAUAAAUAUCAUUCUACUUAUUAUUUCUAAACAAAACUUGUACACACAUACACCAACCUUACACUUGUUAAUUUAUUUUUUAAAGGCAUUUCUCUCUUUGUUAUUAAAGAAAACAAUAUAUAUGUUGAAGUAGGCCUUGCGAUGUAUGAAAUUAUUAGUACAAAUAAUCAAGUUUUGUUAUUUUUCCAAACCCUAAUUGUUUUAUUUUUAUAAUUACACUAUAUAGGAUUACAAAAAUGUUUGUGUGCAUCACACAAAUGUGUAAAUUGACUAUAUAACGUGCAUAGAAUAAAUAUGUAUAUGCCCGAAUGAAGGAUUAUUAAAUUUUCGAAUCCCUAUGUUCAUCUUUAUUUGCCUGGUAUUUAUAAUUUUAUUAUGAAGACAUCUCAUUGUUCAUUAUAAUUCAUCUACCCAUUGUGGGUUUUUUUUGUGUGUGAUCAUAACUAGGGCUUUGGUGAACCAGCUUGUUUCAGACAUGGACAAAUGUUUGCCAAUAGUCUUUCAGAAUGGUUGCAUCCUGUCUGCCAAUGUGUCUCAUGUAAACAUCAAUUUAAGCCAAAUUGUUUUUGACCCAUUUUUUUGGUUUUGUUUUUUUUUUUUUUUUUUUUUUUUUUUUUUUUUUUUUUUUUUUUUUUCGUGGUUUUUUUUUUUUUUUUUUUUUUUUUUUUUUUUUUUUUUUUUUUUUUUUUUUUUUUUUUGUUUGUUUUUUUUUCUCGGUGCUUGCUUUAUUUUCUUCAGUAUCCCCUUUGCAAGUUAAGCAGGACAUUUCAAUUAAUAAUAUGAUUUGAUACUUCUGUAGUGACAAGACAGGUUUCAUGUCAUUGUAUAGUCUGCAGUCAAUUUGAGCAAACAAAAAUAAAUUAAGAAAAUUCUAAGUGCAUUGUGAUUGCUUGGAGGAUGGAUAUUUGUUCCCCCCAUCCCCUUCAUCAUUAUUUUGUUGUAUUUUUAAGGGCCAGGAAGAAGAGUCAUGUGUUCUUACUUGUGUUGCUGCUUUCUUUUGGCUUUCUGUGGGUGCCUGAUGUGAAAUGGUUGAAAAAUAAUGAUCUAUGGUGAUGUGAGAAUGUUCUGUGGCAAGAUAUACACAACUACAUUUGUAAAUGACCAAAUAAAAAAAAAAUCAACUGUUAGUGUUGAA